AUGACUGUCGAAAGUAAUGACUUCGCUCAUGAGAAGAAGAUUGGGGACGUUGAGAAGCCCGUCUUCAUUGAGAACGCAAACCAAUCGCCAACAGAGGCCUCGUUGAACCUUGAACAGCAACGGACGCUGGAGGGUAUCGAUGUAGACAAUCACAAUGCUUUUUUGGGGGAUGACAGUGACGGAAAGGUUACAUGGAACCUUCGUAGUAUUCUUGCUGCGAUCUUCCUCGCUGGUCUUUACACAGGGUCUCAAGUCAUUUUGUACUUCACCGGUGGCUCCCUGGGCUUCAUCGCAGAGGACCUCGGCCUCUCUAGAGGCUCCGCAUGGCUCCCAACAGCAAAUAUCCUUGCUAUCGCCGCCGUUUGUCCAUAUGCAGGAUAUUUGCAAGAUAUCUAUGGGAAAAAUUAUGUCUAUCCUCAGGUCAUUCCACUGUUCGGCUCAUUGUGCAUCUGUAUCGGCUGCGUAUUGAUGGCCACCACGCAUUCCUUUGCUCAGGCACUUGCAGGAAUGGCUAUAUCUGGAGUUGGCGCUGCCAUAGGAGAAUUGACCGGUCUUGCUGGACUCGCAGAAGUUGUGCCCGUCAAGUAUCGUGGGUACUCUUUAGCACUUGUGACAGCCUUCGUCCUUCCUUUCUGCCCGUAUCUCAUGUAUGUUGAGCUUUGGUCGCACACAAAUUCUGGACCUGGUUGGCGUUGGGGCCCCUGGGUAGCAUUUAUUUACAAUGUUAUCAUCGGAUUGGGGCUACUAUGCACUUACUUUCCAAAGGCACACCCACGUGGCGAAGGAUUCUCCCGUAAGGCUAUUCUCAAGAAGAUCGACUACCUGGGAGGAGUUCUGUCAAUCACUGGAUUGACUCUCUUCUUGGUUGCCCUUCAAUCCGGUGGUUACACGCACCCAUGGAGCAGCGCCUAUGUGCUAUGCACUCUUAUUAUCGGACUUCUGCUCAUCGGGGCAUGGAUCGUUCAUCAAUGGAAAUUCGCCAAACAUCCUAUGAUUCCCCAUGAGCUUUUCCGCGGCCAGCGUAUUGUAGGGCUAGCAUAUGUUAUUGCCUUCGCUGCUGGAAUGAAUUUCUUCAGUAUUUUGAAUUUCUUCCCAAUUACGUUCACCAACGUUUACGAUCCCAUUCCAGUGCAGAUCGGACUUAAAGGACUUCCUCCAGCAUUUACAACGACAUUCGGAGCUAUCGGAUUCAAUGCUGCCCUCUCUACCUUCCCAGGGCGCAGUCGAGAAAUCCUCCUCGUUGCGCUUUUCUUCAUGACUGCUUUCGGUGGCUCUCUCGCCUGUAGCACUCCUGAAAACCCAAAGUUGACAGUUGCCCUUGGUGCUCUUGCAUCUUUUGGUAUCGGUGGAGUUCUUGUGCCAGCAGCUACAAUAGCUAUGAUCGUCGCCCCCGACGCCGUCAUCACCACCGCCGCCGCCCUCUCCCUCUCGAUUCGAACCGUUGGUGGAUCGAUCGGAUACUCCGUCUAUUACAACAUUUUCGCUACCAAGCUCGAGCAACAGCUUCCAUCAUACGUCAUCGAAUACGCAAUGAAGGCCGGCCUCCCUGCUACCUCAGCGGAGAAGUUCGUCACUCUCUUCUUGACCGCGCCGGAGGAAGUCGGCACCGUGGAGGGCGUCACACCCGCAGUAAUACAAGGGGCGUCAAAGGGCGUCCAGUGGGCGUACAGCCAGAGUUUGAAGUACGUCUGGUUCACGAGUAUUGCUUUUGGUUCGAUGGCGAUUGUCUGCUGCAUUCUGCUCCCCAGCACGAAGAAGUACCAGACCAACCGUGUCGCCGUCCAGAUCUAA